CGCCUUCUCCCGAAGCAGGGAUCUACCCCGCUGUGCCUGAAGCAUUUGUCGAAGGCGGGGUGCACCGGCAACGGCAAGCCUGGUAUGUGUUUGUCAUCUCAGCGCGUGCACUUCCGACCCGCGACGUUGCCAGCGGAAGUGAAAGAAUUCAUCACUAAGAGAUUCGGAGGCCUUGCCCCCGAGUACGCAAGCCUAUGA